UUACGGUGGUAAACAAGACACUCUUUGGUUAUCAUGUUACGAAUCACCACAACGUUGUUUCGCGCAGUUAACUUAAAACAAUUCGAUACUAUCUUCUGUACCGUUGGAGCUUCAAAAUGCGUGGCAAAAUUCCCUCCAAACUCUGGUUUCGUAUUUCCGGCGAGCACACAAUCAGUACGUUAUUACGCCAAGGGAAAAGAUAAAAAGAAAGACAAAAAAGGAACCACGACGAAGGUGCAGAUCAACGAGGAGCAGCUGACCAGUCUGAUCAAUCUCGAAGGGCUACGCACGCAAAUGGAAAAAAGUCUCACCACCAUGAAGGAAGAUUAUGCAAAAAAUCUCUCCCUUCGCUCAACGACUGGAUCGAUUGAGACCCUCCGCAUCACCUACGAAGGAAAGGACUAUCAAUUGCAGGAAUUGGGACAAGUUGUUCGAAAGAACCCCAAAACCAUCGUCGUCAAUCUCAUCUCGUUUCCGCAGACUAUUCCUGCCGUCCUGCAAGCCAUCCAACGAAGUGGAAUGAACCUUAAUCCUCAGCAGGACGGGACGACGCUCUUUAUACCCGUCCCGAAGGUAACGCGUGAACAUCGCGAAGGUUUGGCGCGGAAUGCAAAAGCGCUGUACAUCAAGUGCCGAGAUAGAAUUAAGGAUGCACAGAAUCAGUCUAUCAAGAAGUUGAAAAAGCAACCGGGUAGCGGCGUAUCGGAAGACGACGCAUUUCAAGCCCAAGCUCAAAUCACAGCCAUCGCGGAGGGUUUUAUCAAGGAAGCGGAAAAGAUAAUGGAGUCGAAACAGUCGGAGUUACUAGGAGACAAGUGAAAUUAAAGUGUGCUGAUAGGCGCGACGUGUUCAAAUUGUUACUGCAAUUGUUGCA